AUGUUGUUUGCAAACCUCCUGCAAGUGAUGGCACCCUUGUUACUGAGGUACUUUCUAGUCAGUCUAUCAGAUGAGUCGUCAUCCCACAGCAGCUCCUUGAUAUUUGUGGGUUUGCUCUUUACCACCCAGAUGGGGAUGAGCUUCGCUCUGGUACACUAUCAUUAUCUGGGCCAAGUGGUCGGUAGCCAGGUUAAGGCUACUCUUACUGCGAUGAUCUUUGAAAAGUCUUUGAAGCUCUCUAACUGUGAAAGCCAUAACUGGACUGAUGGGAAGAUAUCGAACCUUAUUACAGUCGAUUCACAGCGCAUUGAGAGCGCUCUUCUAUAUGCCAACAUGAUUUGGAGUGAGCCAGUGGCCGUGGUUGUGGCAUUGGCAAUCCUGUUCUACAAUCUUACCUGGAGCGUGCUGAGUGGUCUCUUGCUCCUUGGCUUGGGUGCGAAAGGCCUGGAAUUCAGCAUGGGAUGGCUGAUGUCAAGACGUGUGGCAAUAAAUGCCGCGGUAGACCACAGGAUAUUACGCCUCCUUGAAGGACUGCGCAAUAUGAAAUUUGUCAAGUUCCAUGCUUGGGAGCCAUAUUUCCUUCGCCGAAUCUCUGAUGUCAGAGAGGCCGAGGUCCAGCAGCAACACAAGUUAUUAAGCCUUCAAAGCACGAUCAUGUCCCUGUCCUCCUCGUUGCCUUCAUAUGCGGCCAUGUUAUCUUUCAUUAUAUUCAUGACAUUCAAUGGCCGACUGACUGCCGCAGAGGCAUUUUCUUCCCUGGCGCUAUUCAAUUGUCUCCGCAAGCCUCUCAAUAUAUUGCCCAUGGUGCUUAACCAGCUCAUCGAUGCAUGGGUAUCCAUACAACGCAUUGAAUCAUUCCUGGAGGCGGAGGAUCAGCAGAAGACAAUCCAGUGGGAUUUUGACGCCGUCAAUGUCGUCGAAAUAACCAAUGGCUACUUUUCCUGGGAUUAUGCGGCCAAUGGUGGUAUCUCUUCUCCCAAAAUUGACGAGGAGACUAGUCUGCUGGGCAUGCAUGAUGAGUCCAGCAUGCCAGGCAGUAAGACUUCGCCUUCAGCCCUAAGUAAAGUUGACUUGCAGGUCAAGCCAGGGGAGCUUAUCGCAGUCGCGGGGCCUGUAGGCGCAGGCAAGAGUGCCCUUCUUCUCGCUCUUGCCGGUCAGAUGAGCCAAACUCGAGGCCGUGUCGUACUAGGCGCUACGCGAUCCUUCUGCUCCCAAGUGCCAUGGAUUGAAAGUGGAACUGUGCAGGAGAAUAUUUUGUUUGGCAAACCUCUACUACAGCCGUGGUAUGACGAGGUGGUGGAAGCGUGCGCUUUGAACCCGGAUCUCAAGACAUGGGAGCAUGGCGACGGUACUUACAUCGGCGAGCAGGGUAUCACACUGUCUGGCGGCCAGAAACAACGUAUCAGUCUUGCGCGAACAAUAUACGCAGACACUGAUCUGCUGCUUCUAGAUGAUCCUCUAUCAGCUGUGGAUGCGGAUGUUGGCCAGCACAUCUUCAACAAAGCUAUUCUGGGCUUAUUACGUGGGAAAACCUGCAUACUGGUGACCCACCAAAGGCACAUAAUCACCCAAUGCGAUCGUAUUCUGUGGCUAGAAAAGGGCCAUAUUAAGGCUCCUGAAAGUCUAUCCGAUUCAUCGUCUCGAGAUGAAUUGCUGUCGCAUCUGAUACCUACCCAGGAGAAUUACCAACGAAAGGACUCGAAGAACGCAGAGUACGGUGGAUUAAGCAAUGAAGUCUAUGAAACAGUACAUAGCGACCAAGAUCAUAACACAAUGAUCGACACUGAGACUCAACAGUCGGGUAGUGUGCACAGGUCUGUUUACAAAACGUACCUUUCUGCUUCGGGCUCGAUCUUCCAUUGGCCUAUUCUAUUCUCUCUAUUAGUCGCCUCGCAAAUAGCUGGAAUCUUCACUAGCGUUUGGCUAUCAUGGUGGGUGGAUAACACCUUAGGGUGGGAUAACCGUGCGUAUAUAGUCGGCUAUGUCAUCUUCGGGGUAGUCCAGAGCGUUCUCGCGUGGGCGUAUCUUAGUCGGGCUUCAAUUACCGGCUUGCGAGCUAGUGACAAUCUGUUCAAGGCAGCUCUCCAGCGUGUCUUGAAUGCGCCCAUGUCAUUUCACACUGCCAAUCCAGUCGGCCGGCUGAUGAACCUGUUCUCCAGUGACGUGAGUCAGCUGGACAAUGGUGUUAGUGGCUCAGUCCAAGCAUUCUUCAUGCUAGUCGGCAUUGCUUUCUCUACAUUCCUACUCAUAUCUGUUCAGUUUCCUCUCUUUGUAUUAUCCCUGCCAGUGAUUUCCUUGGUCGUAUACUAUACUUCCAGCUAUUAUCGCGCUUCCAGGCAGGAGUUGAAGCGCUUUGAGACUGUAUCACGCUCCACUGUUGCGGGGCAUACCGUUGAGUGCAUUGCAGGCCGUCAGACCAUCCGAAGCUUUGGCGUCCAACCUAUUUUCCAAAGUCGAUUGGGUGUCGCCAUCGAUGAAGCAAGUAACUUUUCAUAUUUGAUGUCAGCAAGCCAGCAGUGGUUGAAUCUCCGACUGGAUACACUGGGCAAUGUUCUCAUUCUGUUUGUCGGCGCCUUGAUUGUCAUGUCUGACAACUCCAUUCCAGCAAGUAUGUCUGGGUUGCUAAUGACUUACGCCAUCGCUGUCGUGCAAAUAAUCCCUGGCAUUGUUUCCCAAACCGCUGAGAUUGAAAACUCUUUUAUCACGGUCGAGAGAAUGAUAUAUUAUGGAAACGAAAUUCCGACAGAGAUGCCUGAGUCGGCUACUGUACCACCCUCAACUUGGCCGGAAACGGGUACGAUAACCAUGAAGGACGUCAACCUACGCUAUCACAGUGAUCAUCCUCGAGCACUGCAAGAUGUCAGCCUCACAAUCAAUGAUGGAGAAAAGGUCGGUAUCAUUGGGCGCACCGGUGCAGGCAAAUCCUCAAUUGUGUCCGUUCUGUUUCGACUUUUCCCCCUGGAGCAUGGAUCGGUUGUCAUUGACAAGAUGAACAUUGCGGAUUUGAAUCUUCAUUCCUUGAGAUCCAAAUUAGCUAUCAUCCCACAAGACCCAACCCUUUUCCAGGGCACGGUUCGAACAAACUUAGACCCCUCUGGAGAAUACCCAGAUGAUGUUCUCUGCGAUGCACUUCGGAAAACCAGCCUUUAUCCGCAAGUGCACCUUGACCGAGAAGUUCUACCAGAUGGCAAGAACUUUUCUCUGGGUGAGCGACAGUUGCUGGCGUUGGCACGUGUUUUGGUGCGAGAUCCUCGCAUCCUCGUUUGUGACGAGGCUACUUCUGCCGUUGACCAAGACACGGAUCGAGCAGUGCAGCAGACACUGCUAGAAGAAUUCCAGGACCGAACAGUAAUAUGCAUUGCCCAUCGACUGCAAACUAUCAUACGUUAUGACCGAAUCUGCAUGAUAGAUCAAGGCAGAGUUAUUGAUUUCCAGAGUCCACUUGCAUUGUUCGAUAAGAAUGUUGUGUUCCGCCAGAUGUGUGAGCUCAAUCAUAUCACCCGGAAGGACAUUAUUUAG